AUUACAGUUUUGGUGGUGUUAUUAGCAAAUACUUUUAUACAAUUGUUUUUCUUUAAUAUGGGGAAUGAUUUUUUAAAAACAAUCAAAAGCGAUUUAAAAAAAGCCAAAAGUUGUUUAGUAGGUUUGAACGAAAAUAUCAAUCAUUUAAUUGGCAGUAAUAAGGAUUCCAGAUAUGAGAGACAAAAUCAAACAUACAGUAAAAGAAGUAGCAGAGAUGCUUUAGGAUCAAAAAUGGUUGAAUAUUCGCCCACUGUUAAAAGGCAAUGCUCUGAUACAAGAUCAGUAUUUAAUAGGUUAACUGUUACGAACUCCAAUUCAGUUGGUGAAGAACAUAAACAACGUCUUAAUUCUCGUAUAAUUCGGGAAUUACCAACCCGCCAACAAGUAGUUGAAGCUCAAGGAACUGACUCUGAAACUCGAGCCCGUCAUCGACGCAUGUUUGGUUCAUUACUUGGAACCCUACAUAAAUUUUGUCAAGAAGAGACUCGGUUAAAGCAGAAGGAAGAAAAAAAAAACCAAAUUGAAAAAAAAAUUGAAGCGCAAGUACUUCAGGAACGUGAAAUAAUGGAAAAAGAACGGGAAUUUUUACUGACGGAACGUAAACGUAAACUUGUGGAAAUAAAAGUACUAGAAAAAAAAUUCGAUAGAUUAAAAGAUUUUCAAACUUGGGAGUCAUCGAUGAAUCGAACAAAGCACAAUAUUAAAACUAAAAGUAAACCUCACAUAUAUUAUAGACCCAGAGUUAUGUCAAAAAAAACUGAAAAACUUGUUGAACAGUGUCAAAAAGCCAUUGAAACAGCAAUAGAAAAUAAAAGACAGCAUUUAAUGGACUCACUUCACGAAAUUGACAAGUCUGAAGAAGAUAUAGAUACUUUUUAUAAAUCUAAUAGCAAAAACCAGCUUGAUAAAACAACUAAUAAUGCUGAAAAUAGCCAAUCAUCCACGCUAACUAUAACUAAAGAUGUUUGACUAUUUUAAAUAAAUUAUAUAGAAAACAACUAGUCUUAAGUUUUUAUUUCAGUUUAUAUGAAGAAAGAAUAAAUGUAACUCAAUUUAUAUUACAUAUUUGCAUUAUUAAAAUAUUUUAUGUAUCAAUUAAAGCAUAUAUAUUACUAUAUAUUAACGAUAUAUUAAGUUUAUUAAAAUUAGGUGCGUCAUGAAAAACAGUGAUCUGGACCUUUUCUGCUGAAACGGUAUGAAUCUUAGACAGAAGUUUAAUUCAAUGGUGGGCGUGCGUAAAAAUUUCUGUUUAAGUUGGCAGCAUUUUAUUAAAACAAAAACCUAUUGAGUUGUCCGGUUAAGUUAUCAGUCUUGUGGUAAAUUUGCUGACAGUUCACAGCUGAUUAAGAAACCAUACUGCAAAAUUUAAUCUCCAUUUCAAUUAUUCCUGUCGCAAUUGUGAAGAUGAUAAUGAAAGUGCUUCAAAUCUGCUUUGUUAUUGCUCAGGACAUGCGGGCAGCGAUUAAUUGUUUUAUAAGCUUCAUUUUAUGAGGAUCUUAGCCAACUUCAAAGCUUCUUAUACGGUAACACAAUUGAUAAGACUAAGUGAAUCUUUAUGAUCGCCGCUAUAACUUAAUCUAACCUACGCUGAAUUGAAGUACUCUUCUACGUUUUAGCUGGAGAGGAUCAUAUAGACUGAUGUCUUUGCUAAAGAUAGUUAAACUGGAGUCCUUGAUCACGUUACAUAUCAACUGUUUACACACCUAUUUGACAUACAAAAUAUCACAAUCAACCAAGUAAUUUUUUUCUUGCGUGCCGCACAAGUGGACAAACGAUGAAUCAAUCAGGAACUCAUUUCUAAAGUCACUGUUGAUAUGGAUUUCGACUCUACAUACGAAUAUAAUGUUGAUACUAACUCGCUUUCUCCAAUUCGCCAUAUCACAUGUCAUGGUAUUUAAGGAUUUUCCAAAAAUUCGAAUAAAGGAAGUUAUUCCAAAUUUAGAAAUUAGAACAUUUCGCAAAUUCGAACUACCCGAAAAAUCAAGUGAUUCUAAUUUACGAG